CAGAGACUAUUAUUUUUCAUAAUAAUAGCCCAAGGAAUGACAUGGGGCAGCUUGUCUCAGUGGCUUUACUCACGGAUAUAAAUACUGGCUCACCUCCCACCUAGCUCGGUCAUCCUGUUCUCGCUUGCUUACUUCCACCUGUUCAAUAUCUUAGUUUACUUGGCCAUGGCUAGUGUUGAGGUGGAAGCAGCUCCUGCUGCCCCCGUAGAAACUGAGGCUCCUACUCUUACUCCUGCUUCCGAGGAGGUGGUCAAAGCUGAGGUCGCGGCCCCAGUAGCAGAAGAACCAAAACCGGAAGAGGAGGCAGCACCAUCCAAAGCAGAAGCGGUGGAAACUGAGGAGAAGCCAGCAGAAGAGGAGAAGGUUGAAGAAGUUGCCGCCCCUGAAGCUGUUGCCGCCCCAGAAGCUGUUGCUGCUCCAGCCGAGACAACAGAGGAAGUGAAGCCAGAGGCAGAACCGGUAGCAGCUCCAGAGGAAGCUAAAGCUCCUGUAGUGGAGGAACCAACAGAGACUGAGGCUCCGGCAGCAGUUGAAGAACCUAAGGCUGUGGAAGAAGAGGCAGCAGCUGCCCCAGUAGUGGAAGCAAAGGCAGAGGAGACUUCGGCUGCCUCAGAGUAAAGAGCACGUAGUUUGUUUAGUUUUGCUGGGAUGGAGAAGAGUUUUAGAUGAAGUAUGGAGAGUCACUCAGAGGAGAGAGCAUUUAUAAGGAGUUACAUUGAUAAUUAAGGUAGUAUAUAUAUAUAAGAUUGAUAUAAAACUAUAGCGGGGAUGGGUUCUGGGUUUUUGGUGUGGUUUGGCUAGAUGCUUGGAGGUUUUAAUGUGGUGUCAGGGAGUGGGAUGUGAUUGUGCUUGGUUUUGGCGAUGUAAUGCCUUGGAGUUUGAAAAUGUUAUCGCUUGUCAAUAAUAAAUAAGAAAAUCUGGUCGAUUGUGUUUAAUCGGUAUGGAAA